GCUCGGCCCCUCUGAGCCUCAGACGCGGAGGAGCCAUGGCCUUGCCGGUGUUACCAGGACACAACUUCAACCGCAAUGUGGGAAAGGAGAAAUUCCACAAAUCCCAACAUUGGGGCUUUUGCAACAAUGUUAGGAUGCUGGUGAGUGAUGAUAAACCUGGAAUCGGUGGAGAACCGCUUCUUGGGCAAAAGGUGAAAUCUAAAUACAGUACUUAUCCUAAAGGAGAAGGAAGCGAUGCACCAUCAUGGGUAGCUUUCGAUAAACAGGUAUUAUGUUUUGAUGCCUAUUGGGAAAAUGAAGUGCUUGAUUAUUGCUGCGAAGACUACAGAAUAAGAUACUAUAAAAUCUAUUUCUACCUUGAAGAUGACACAAUCCAAGUCAAUGAACCAGCGGUGAAAAAUAGUGGACUGCUUCAAGGGGUCUUUAUCCGGCGUCAUCGGAUUCCUCUCCCACCUCCUGAUGAUGAACAGUUUUAUACUGUGUACCAUUUCAAUAUAAACAUAGAUAUUGUCUUCUAUGGCUGGAAAUUCAAGAUUUAUAACUGUGAUGCAUUCACUGGAAACUUUUUGAAGAAAAUAGGAAUCAAAUUAAAUUCUCCAAGACAGUGUCCAGAAGAUCCUUAUAUAAAGACACGGAAAAAGACGGUAGAGUGCAUGGAGCCCUUGCGUCCCUAUGAGUCCUUUGACACUCUGAGACAGUUCCUCCUGAAUGAUAAGAAAGUUUUGCGUUUCUUCUGCCUGUGGGAUGACUCAGGAUCAUUGUUUGGGGACCGUAGAGAACUUGUCCUGCAUUACUUCUUGUCUGAUGAUACUAUUGAAAUCAAAGAGGUGCUGCCCCACAAUGCAGGCCGGGAUGCCACAUCCUUGUUCCUCCGAAGGGGUAAGCUACCCAAGUAUGGCCCACCUGGAGUCUAUCAACCAGGCCAGAUCACAGAUCGAACAGUUCUCAACGUGUAUAAUAUGUCAGAGAUAGGUAGCGUGUUGGACAACCGAGGUGCUGGCUACUUGUUGGAUAAGUACCAGAUAGGAAAAUCAGACCAAGAGUUUUACAAAGAUUCUGACCUGUCUGUAGGAGCUACCAUCAAUGUGUGGGGAAGGAGAGUGCUGCUUUGUGACUGUGAUGAAUUUACGAAGCUUUAUUAUAAAACUAAAUAUGGAAUUGAGAACAUUACCUCGAUUUCCUGUGAGCCUCCUCCUGUUCCAAAAAUAGAAAGGAAAUAUCCACCUUAUACUGGCUUUGGUUCUGAAGAGGAUUCUCUCCGUUCUUGCAUAGGCCUCAUCGCCACACCUCAUCAGAAAAACUUGAAGCAGUCAUUGGAAGAAGACAGCUAUGGCAACAUAAGCAAUAAACUCCGUUUUUUUGCAAAACUAGUCACAGAAAAAAGUCUUGAAAAGGACAGGACAUUUGUUAUUACAUAUUAUCUUGAUGAUGACACCAUUUCAGUGUUCGAACCUAUAGGGAGAAAUUCAGGGUUUACCGGUGGGCUGUUCUUGAAAAGAAGUCGUGUAAAGAAGCCUGGACAGAAAGUCUUUAAAAGUGAACCAUCAGAAUAUAUCAAGUCCGAGGACUUAUACAUUGGAACCACAGUGAACGUGAAUGGCUACCUGUUUAUGUUGCUCAAUGCUGAUGAGUACACCUUAAAAUACAUGGAGAAGCAUUCAGACAGGUUUCCAUUUAGCAACCUUGAAUUUGCCCUACAAAAGCUGAAAGAACUAGAACCGAGAUCCAAAGAGAUCAAGCAGGUAUUUGCAGCUGCUGACUCUGAACACACGAAGAUACUGGAUUUUAGUACGUUUAGAGAAUUGCUGUUGGAUAUGACAGUCAAAAAAAUCUCGGAACAAGAGAUUAUAACCAUUUCACGUCACUACCGUGUACCUGAGGACCCAUGUCCAGAUGUGACUGUCUUAAUGGCAAAUGCCCAUGAGCAACUUAAGAAAAACAACUAUGAGAAUUUCGACAUACUCAUUUUACGCUGUGUGUACGACGAUCGAGAACAAAAGCAUGUAUUGCCUACCAAAGACAUCAAGAGGCUGUGCAAGUCUUCCAGGCUACCGUUGAAUGAAGAUCUUCUAGAAUCCUUACUGUCCAAGUUUGAAAACAGUGACAAACAAAUAGAUUAUGAGUCAUUUUUCUCUGCCCUGAACUGGAGAUUGAAUCCAAUGCCUGUAUUGGGAGCACAACCAUACCUUAAAGAGGUAUGUGAAGAUGUUUGGCUCGGGAUGCCGUCACCUAUUCCUGCAAAAUGCAUUCAGUACUUAACCCUUUUGAAGGAUUUGUAUGGCUUAGAGGAGGAAUAAGCAUGGCAGCUUUGGCCACCUCUCUGAUUUACUGCUCUAAUUUUGCUGAGUUUAUUUUAGUAGAUAUAAUUUCAUUAAAAACAAAAAAGGAACAAGGUUCAUACUGAAUGGAAAUCCAUAAACCACAAUUAAUCUUUUGUCACUUUAGUUUUUCAGAACAUCCUAUUCUAUUGCUGAUGUACCAGAACUAUUAAA